AUGAAAGCUGCGAAGGCCAAGGCGAUGAAAGCGAUGAAGGCCAAGGCGAUGAAAGCGAUGAAGGCCAAGGCAAGGCCAGCCAUGAAGGCCAAGGCGAAGGCCAUGAAGGCGAUGAAGUCGCCCGCGGCGAUGAAGGCCAUGAAGGCCAUGAAGGCCGAUGACAGGAAAGAUGACAGGAAGAAAGAUGACGACAAGAAGCCGGACGAUGACAUGAAGAAAGAUGACGACAAGAAGCCGGUCGAUGACAGGACAAUCGACUGGGCACUCGGCACCGAGUUCGUCCACAGAAGGCACGGGCGCCUGUACGUGGACAUCGGAGUGGUCCAUGUCGAGACCGGGACUUCGGAUCGCUUUUACCACGUGGAUGCAAGUGUCCUGACGGUGCAGCGGGCAAUAGACCAUGUGGCGCCGGCGAACUCAGAGUUCAUGGGCAUGGCUAUGGCUUUCAGGAAGAAGGACAACGACAGCGAGAAAGAUGAUGACUCGAAGGAAGACGAUGACGACAAGAAGGACGGCGCCAGGAAAGACGAUGACGACACGAAGAAGGACGAUGACAGGAAAGAUGACAGGAAGAAAGAUGACGACAAGAAGCCGGACGAUAACGGUGAUGACAAGAAGAUGGACAAUGACAGCGAGAUGAUGAGUGAUGCGGCAGAGUCAAGUGACACGUUGCGGAUGCUCCUGAUCAUGGCCGGACCCUGCUUGGAAGUUGGCUGUGGCCGUAGUGGAUCCUUGGGGCAGGAUGUUGAUCCUGCUUCGUCGACUCCAUUGCCAUGUGCCUGGACCUUGGACGACUGGGACGUUUCGGGCUUGGAGUUGACUUGCUGCUUUGAAUCCUUUGUGCCUGGGCAGGCUUCUGCAUCCACGAUUCACCCAAUCCCGGCCCGGACCUUGGCGCCUGGCACCAUUGCCCUUCUUCACGAAGUCAUCCUGCUGCAGGCUGGCCCACCUCCCGGUCAUCCCGAUGUAGAGGCUGGCAUCAUUGAGGCUCGUGGGCCGGUGAUCGACGACAAGGGCAUCCGACUGCCCAGCAGCCAGCAGACUGUGACUUUUGGCGGUCAGUUCAACCAGAGCUUGGAGGGCAGCCGAGUGCCCAGCAGCCAGCAGACUUUGACUUUUGGCGGUCAGUUCAACCAGAGCUUGGACGGCGUCCGAAUACCCAUGAGCCCGAAACGCCGGGCGAUCAGGGUUCCGAGAUUCUCGGGCGAGCUUCGUGGUGACCUAGAAGUCGUCCGAGAUGGGGAUCUGGAGAUGACGCUGGGAUGGCGAGGUGAGCACACACUGCAGUUUCUCUUGAACGAGGCCAUCACCGUGAGGCUUCGCUCUGCUGGGUUCCGUCGCAGUUUCGAGACGACCCUGGAAGAGCAUGCAGUUCGUCGCAUGCAGCUAUGCUGGGCUCGCCGCGGCAAGUUCAUGAAGAAGUGCAUGGCCAAGCGGUGCGGGCUCCAUGCCACCGUCGGCCGAUUCCUGAUUGGCCGGGAAGCCAGCUUCGGGUGGCCUCCUUCCGGAUUGGUCGGCCUGCUCAGCCACGAGAUCUCCGAUGACACCGAGCCUAUCCCAGCAGACACCGUCGCCAAGGAAGCCACCAUCGGGUGUCGGUGUUCCGGACUGGUCGGCUUGGACGAGGGGCCUCCUCGAUUUGGCCGUGGCCUCGGCGCAUCCUCGAAGCAGGAGCCUGGCAAGUACAUCAGUGAGACGAAUCGCAGCCGGGGCGAUGGGAACGACGGGCGAUCCAUCAGCGUUGAAGCCAAGCAAAGAAAAGACACGAAGCCUGCUCCCGCCGAUGCACCGGAGAGCCAAUCAGCCGAGGUCAAGCCUGAGCCAGGGCAAGCAGCUGCGGCUUCGUGUGAUCUUUCCGAGGCUCGCUUCAAAGCCUUGUAUUGGAAGCACAGCAGAGGGAUACCAGGGACUCCCACGAGCAACACGGCAAAAUGGAACCGGGCCCUGCCUCACCUCGGGGAUGCAUGGGUGGGGUGUGUCGGGGAUCGCACCAGCGGCACGGCAAAAUGGAACCGGGCCCUGCCUCACAUGGGGGAUGCAUGGGUGGGGUGUGUCGGGGAUCGCACCAGCGGCACGGCAAAAUGGAACCGGGCCCUGCCUCACAUCGGGGACGCAUGGGUGGGGAAGCACACGAUCAACACGGCAAAAUGGAAGCGAGCCUCACCUCACAUCGGGGAUCUCUGGGCAGGGACUCCCACGAGCAACACGGCAAAAUGGAACCGGGCCCUGCCUCACCUCGGGGAUGCAUGGGCGCCACCGCAAUCGCUGCGGGCUCCCUGGGAUGUCUUUCGCGAGGAGCUUGGAGAUCGUAUGGCGGAGAGUGGAAAAGAACUCAAGUGGAAGGGUACUCCGUUGGAUGCGCUGGCCAGCAGCACCUGCAAGAGGCUCUUCAAAGCUUUGAGCCCCGAACAGAAGGACAUCAUGAGCACUGCAGCAGCUGCCGAAUGUGCGGCCUACUUUAGCUACAUGAAGCUGCAGCAGGCCCAGGGACAGCCCGACGGCUGGGACACAUUGCGACCCGAAGCCAAGAGACUGUUCCUGCAGCAGUCUCCCUUGUCGGUGCUUCGUGCUGAGAAGGCAAUCCCUCUGUUGGCAGUGUUGGGGCUGGACGGCCUUGUAUCCGGCGAACCGCUGGAACCCAUCUCCCUAGAUCACUUAGACGACGACGAACUUCAUCUGCUGGCAUUCUUGGUGGAUGCAGUCCCGCAAGUGUUCCAAGGCUCCUUGGACCAGCUCCGUGUGAAGUUAGCCAGCAUGCCCUCUCUGGGCACAAAGCCUGAGGCAACAGUCAAGGCCGAAGUGACGCAGAAUCCCCAGCAACAGCAGGCCUCAACCAGCUCGGACCAUGCAGCAGGCAAGGCACCUAGUGCAGUCAUCCGGGAUCCCCAGCAAAAGGCAUCGAACAGCUCUGACAGUUCAGCAGGCAAUCCGCAGGCCGUUGGAACCGCAGGGCAGAAGCUCAGUGCUGAGAAUUGCAUGAACGUGGAGUCGGAACUGCUUCGACCUUGGAAGGGCCUCAAGGAGAGUUUGCAGCCAGAGCAACAGCUGUCCUGGGCUGCCUGCAUACAUGCCUUAGUCGAGGUUUGCAAAGACAAUUGGGGCGUCUUCUGGCCCCGCCACUGUGUCGUGAUGUGCGGCAGUGCUGCCGAGUCGCUGGGCUUGCUGAGGUUACAAGCUUCGGCCACGUAUCUGCUGGCAAUGAUCUCGACUUCAACCCACUGGGCCAUGUGCUGUGCCAAGAAGGGCGAGCAAGAUCUCCUCGUGUUCGAUGGGCAACAAGUCCCUGAAAUCCUAGAUGCUGCAGAAGCCAUCAGUCUGCAUGUACAAGACCACUGGGGCACUGAACUCCGUGUGAUGCCCCAGGCCGUCACCCCACAAGCAGACAGCUGGAGCUGUGGCCAUCGGGCAGUGCUUGCAGCCAAGCUCUUCCUGCAAGGACGAGAACAGUCAUGGCCCCCAGAGAUCGAUCCAGACGCCUUCUCGGAUGGAAACAUCAAAGCCUUCUGCUCUCGACCCUGUCGGUCAAAGGCGGCUCCGAAGGCUGCUGUGGCCAAGCCGGGUUGCCAACACUCAAAGGCAAAGGCUAAGGCAUCCAAGGCGGCCAAGGAGUCAUCGCAAGCUCUGGUUCGCGAUGACGGGGACGACGUGCAUCCGCCUGCCGAAGAUGGUGGUGAGGAGGAGGAGCCCGAGGCUGCUGGCAAGCGGCAGUCCUCCCUCAUGGUAGACCAGCCUCCCCCCAAGAAGCGGAAGCAGAGCAAGAAGCAGCAGGAGGCUGAGUUGAAGGAGUCUGCGAGGGUUCAGGCCGAGAAGGCGGGAGUGAGCUACCAAGUGGAGUUCCAGAAAAGACACCACAAGAACAAGGAUCACAUGGGACAGCAGCAUUGGCACCAUUUCCUCUUGGCCCUCGCUAAACACAGUCCUCUUACUUGCAAGACAUGCAAGGAGCUCCGAGAUCAGGUCCUCCAGCCUUCGCCUGAGCAAGUAGUGGAGGCUGCCCCGGCGGAUGACGUGGUCGCGGCGCCGGCGCUGAAGGUAUCAACCGGUCCGGGGAGGCCGGGGCGUGGGUGUGUCUCGGUGAAGCUGAAGGAUCUCCUAGAGCGAGACCGUCCCGGCAUUUAUGAACACAAACAUGGCAACCUUUGGCUGUGCAGACCGUGUGGGCAAGAAGUGAACUUCGACCGGCCAGGUGCAUCAGGCUGGAAGUAUGUGAUCUCCCAUGAGGGAAAGACACACAAGAGGCGCCUUCACGAAUGGCAGGCCCAGCAAGCAGUGGCUCCCCUGCAAGACAAGGCCCCAAACUGCCACGGGGUCCGCGUCGGGGAAGGAGAUGUGGCAGAGCUCGAUCGGUACUCGAGUUCAUUCGAGACCUGGGUGAAGGUCGGCAUGAUCCGUUGCAUCGACAGGACUGGCCAGGACCCGUUGGAGAAGUGCGCACUCAGCUGGGAGCAGGAGAUCUUGGUUCUGAAGGCCAAAGCCUGCACGGGUAGGGGGCCCAUCUGCGAGCAGUGCAGGGCUACCGCCAGUAGCCGGAUGCUGCACAGAGCCGUCGCUAAGUGGGCUUGCAUCGUGGACUCCUGUGACUUAGCCCGGCAGAUUGUCUACGGCAGUGCAGACGACAUUCUCAGUGCCAAGGAGAAACUCAUCCAAUCCGACUACUACUCCUUCAGUGAGUGCCGGCGGGAAGUGGAUGGCUACCUCCAGAUCGAAAGCUCCAUGGCCCUGCUGGCUGCCAUCAAGCGUCGGACCGGGAGUACUGAGUACAACGACUCCGCCGAGUCCGAGAAGAUCGCCCUGAAGGAGCUGUGCAAAAAGUUUGAGGGCAAUCUUUUGAACGGCUCUAUCAAGAAAGAGAACUUGAUGAUCGCCUCGCAGAUCGCGGCUGGUGGUCAUGAGGGUAACAAGGUACUCCGCUGCAUACUGCAUAGUUGGUUCGACAUGCAGAGUCGGAUUCAAAGAGGUUGCACCACCAGGACAAAGUCCGCAAAGCACUUGGACGAUGAAACGUUCCAAGAAAUAUAUUGGAUGAUUGGCAUGUUCGCUCAGAGUCGAGAACUCCUCGGCAGUUUCGGGGUCAGCCUGUCGGAUCCACCAAAGAUCGAGUUUAGACACCCGAUGAUCCCUUGGUUUUACCUCGCUCAUACUUCCGAUGAGCAGCUGGACCACAACGCCGCCUGCAUCCUGGAACGACUCGAGGUCCAAGCUGGGUGCCGCAGCUAUUUCGUCGGCAUCGACGAAACGUAUUGGGCUCCAAGUUUCCAGGAUGCGGAGGAUUCCUUCGCGAAGUUGGCUUCGGCUAAGAACCUGGACGACUCCAAGAAGUCUCGGAUGAGUGUACAUUUCGUGGUGAGCCGGACGGACACCUUGCAAUUCUCCUACGACUCCUGCAUGAUCCCGCUCAAACCUAAAGACAAGCGCAAAAGCCAGAGGCAAUUGGAGGUCUGCGGGCGGCUCUUUCAGUCGUUCGCGGCUCGGAACCGCGACAGCCCUCCUCUGGGCAUCGGGUUCGACGGCGGAACCAUCAAUGCCGAUCUGAGCAAGUGUAUGCUCGGCUUGCUUAGCUGCGACACUCUGGCAGCGACGACCUUCUUCAAGUCCUGUCGCUUCGAGCCCAUGGGCCUAAAGUUUGUGCCCUUCCGCUUCUGCUACUACAAGGACCACGUGCUGCUAGCAUCGCAGGACAGUCUGCACUACCUCAAGAGAUUUAGCCUGCACCACCAUGCAGGCAGUCGAGACGUUCAUUAUGGAAACUUCGUCGUCGACCUGAGUGGCAUGGGCACUCGCGGAAUGCCGAUUCGGAGCUUCACCAUGGCGGAUGCAAUGAGCGAUGCGGAAGCUCUGUCUCGAAUGAGCUCCCGGUUCCUCCAACCUCGUUGGGACUUCGUCGGAGCACACCUCUACUGUCUGCUGGGAGCUCUCCUGUCCUCUUGUGGUCAGGGUUCUGAUGGCCUGUCAAUCGGGACCAUCUUCUGCAAUGCUUGCAGUGCUUACUUUAUGCUGUUGCUGGGCUUGCAACAGGCUCAAGAGGUCCAUGGCGCCCAUUGGAAACAGAAGUAUCUGCCCUUAACAACAGUUCGACUAGGAGUUCGCCUGUGUGUGCACACGAUGCAGUUGUGCAUGCGAUGCCCCGGCAGUGCCUCUGUGAGGGCAUCCCGCUUUCAAGAAAGAUCCUGCGAACUGUUUUUUUCCCGGGCGAAGAAAGAGUACCGGGGAUCUCCCAGUGCUCGGGACGGAGUGCUUGGCAUCUACAAGGAGCACUUGGUGCAGUCCAAGAAGAAGCUUCGCCCGGUGCCGUCGAAAUGCCUCCUGCAGCAGUGUUUGGAUCAGCCGACAGCGGACAAGCUGUGUCGCGAAGCCUUCACGGAGAUGUGCAGGUUUCAAGCUUACAUAUCCGUGGGCCGGUCGCCGGCUUUGAUAGCCGGUAACUUUGAGUGCUGGUACAGACGAGAAGGCAGGAACCUCAUCGCCCAAGGUGCCGACGAUGGCGAGGACCUGGUCGAAGCCGACGACGAUGAGCUGGCUAUGGACUUGGGCAUCCAGGAGAACAUCGCUGAGGAGGAGGAGCCCGCUGCCGACGACUCCGUGCUGGCGCUGCAGGCCGUCGAAGACCAUGCGGCCAUGAAACAGAGCCUGGAGGCCAUAUCAGCGGCUUCGGAUGAUCAGCUGCGGGAGCUCAUCGGAGAGGACUCGGACUCGGAGGGCGAGGAGGCAGAGACACUUGCCCGAAAAGGCGACGAUGCAUCCGACGAGCACUCCAACUUCCGGCAGAUGCUGAGGCAAUGGGCGGACGUGGAAGCUUUCGAUCUCCAGGAUGUGGGGUCGCUGACGGCAUGCCAAGAGCGGCUUCGCUACAUGAUGCCGGGCAUCCGAUCCUUCGUGCAAAACAUCAGGUUGAGAGAAGGUAUCUUGUCCGCCGCUCAAGUGACCGGCACCACGAAGCUGCAGAGCUCUUGGCAUUCCCUACAGCACGAGCUCGCGAUCGCGAGAGAGGCCUCCUUGGAAUCGGGAUGCAGGCAGUCCCGUGCCAUCGCCUGGCAGCAAACGGCUGCGAAAGCAGUCAUGCAGACACGGGCCACGGAUGCGGGGGCCAACGAUGGUAUUUUGCAGUGA